AUGACGGGAUUAGGACUGAGGCGUGUUACCUCAUGGCUCCCUGCUGCACCGGGUUCUGGUUCUGAGAUCACUCAGGGUUCUGCAGAAGACCGUCUGUCCUACGAGCAGACUCGUGUUUAUCAGAGAGAUAAGAGCCGAGCUGCUCUGAGCUGUCAGACUGUCAGAGCAGACACUUUCUCAGAAGCUCCAACUCCAGACAGAAUGGGAAGCAGGAAGUCGCUGUGCUGUGGGUUUUCAGCUCUGGAAGUGACGCUCGGCGUCAUCUUCGUCGUUAUGACCGGCGUGUGCAUCUCGCUGGUUGUACUGUACGUUACCAGGGAAACGCACGCAGAUCCAGAGACUCCGCCCCCUCAGCACACACCUUACCUGAUCGGCGUGGGCCGAGCCGACUGCACCGGACCGCCGGCUGAUGUCCCUAUGAUGGGCUAUGCAAACCCUCAGCAGACGGCUGCAGGCAUACACACCCGUUUGUACAGCAGAGCCUUCAUCGUCGAUGACGGCAAGCGCAGGGUGGUGUUCGUCACGGCAGACAUAGGAAUGGUUUCACAGAGGCUCCGACUCGAGGUUCUGCAGGCACUGCAGGUGAAGUACGGGGAUCUAUACCGGCAGGACAACGUUGUUCUGAGUGGGACUCACACUCACUGUGGACUCGGUGGAUAUUUCCAGUACACGCUGUUCAUGAUCACAGGCGGUUACAUGAAGGCUGCCAUCGAGCCGUUGGUCAACGGCAUUGUUAAGAGUAUAGACAUAGCCCACAAUAACAUGAAGCCCGGCAGGAUCUACAGGAACAGAGGAGAGCUGGACGACAGCAGCCUGAACAGAAGUCCUCACUCGUACCUGAACAACCCCGAGGAGGAGAGGCGCAGGUAUAAGUGGAACACCGACAAACAGGUGCUGGUGCUGAAGUUCACCGAUCAGGAUGGAGACGGCAUCGGUAUGAUCAGCUGGUUUGCUGUCCACGCGGUGAGCAUGAACUACACCAACCGUAUGGUGAGCAGCGACAACAUGGGCUACGCCUCCUACCUGUUGGAGCAGGACAAGAACCCCGGAGGGCUACCUGGACAGGGAAGUUUCGUUGCUGGUUUCUCCUCCAGUAACCUCGGUGACGUCACUCCGAACACCAGAGGACCGUACUGUGUGAACACUGGGCUGCCCUGUGACUACCUGAACAGCUCCUGUCCCAUAGGAGGGACUACAAUGUGUCUGGCGUCCGGACCAGGAGAAGACAUGUUUGAGAGCACUCGGAUCAUCGGACACAACGUCUACCUGAAAGCGAAGGAGCUGUAUGCAAAUGCAGUCGAGGAGGUGACUGGCUUUAUUCAUCAUGCUCAUCAGUGGGUCAACAUGACUGAUGUCACUGUUCAGAUCAAUGAGACACACACGGCGAGCACAUGUAAACCAGCUCUGGGUCACAGCUUUGCAGCAGGAACAACAGAUGGAGGCGGAGGCCUGAACUUCACCCAAGGCGCUGUGGAAGGAGACCCCUUCUGGGAUGGGAUCAGAGACGCUUUGCUUGGCCCACCGUCCAAUCAGACGAAGGAAUGUCAUCAUCCCAAACCAAUCCUGUUCAGCACAGGGGAGGUGAGGCGAGGCUCACACGUACAAAAUACAGUCUGUGAUGAACAUGGAUCCAACAUUUAUGCUAUCGCUAACGCUGCCCAUGUCGGAUUAUAACUGUGUGUUUACUGUGUUGUUGUUACUGUGAGCCAGGAGCUGGAGUCAGAGGGAACUCUAAAGGACAUGGAGGUGGUGAUUGCCGGCCUCAGUAACGUGUACACUCACUACAUCACCACCUAUGAAGAGUACCAGGUGCAGCGGUAUGAAGGCGCUUCAACCAUAUACGGCCCGCACACGCUCAGUGCCUACCUGCAGAAGUAUCGAGGCCUGGCCCGAGCCAUUGCUCAGGACAGAGUCUCAGAGCUGCCAGCCGGCCCUCAGCCUCCCUUCUUCACAGAGAACCUCUUUAAUUUUGUGCCCCUGGCGCUCUUUGACAGAAAACCUGAGAAUAUGAGCUUUGGAGACGUCCUGGAGCAGGUUUACCCCGUUUAUAGACAGGGUGAUGUUGUGACUGUCACGUUUGUAGCAGGAAACCCGAGAAACUCUGGAGAUAUUAGGGAUAAAACUUUUGUCACUGUUGAGAUUUUUGACAACAGAACAGAAACCUGGGAGGUUGUCCACAACGAUGCAUCAUGGGAGACCAGGUUUCACUGGCUGAAGGGGUCAAACCGGGAGAGCAACGCCACAGUGGAGUGGCAGAUUCCCCCGACGGCCUCGGCGGGCUCCUACAGGAUCAAACACUUUGGCCACUACAAAGAGCUGAAAGGCCUGCAGCCGGUCAUAACGCCGUACGAAGGCUCGUCGGACGUCUUCGCGGUCACCGCCAGCUUCUACUACGAGUGA